UUGCUUUCCAAGCUCCAAUGCAGCUGAAAUCUGACGCCUGGACUGCACACACUGUGAGACGUGGGCAUGCCCUUGCAGUGCACUGAUUUCCUCUGCAGCUUGGAGAGCCAGAGCCACGCUGAGGCUCAGGAGAGGAGUCACUCAUCAGGCAGUGAGUGCCACAUCACUGUGCUGCCUGUGCAAGGGCUCCAGCAUGGUCCUGAGGCUCCUGCUCCUCCUCGGUGGGCUGCUUAGGGCCACCAAGCCAGCGCCCCGCUGUGAAACCGGCCAGGAGACCCUAGGUCAAUGCCAAACUGUACAGAAAGCAAAAUGUGUGGAUAUCGCCCUGAGUUCUUGUACUGAUGUUGCCUACACUCAAAUGGUGUAUCCUAACUUUCUGGAUCAGAAGUCUCGAGAAGUGAUUGAGUACAGCUCUGAGUACCUGCUCAUCAGCGUGCUGCACAACUUGCUCCAGGGGGAAUGCAACCCCGACCUGAGGCUCCUGGGCUGCUCAGUGCUGGCCCCGCAGUGUGAGAAGGACAAAGUCAUAAAGCCCUGCAGGCACGUCUGUGAAAACCUCAAAAAAAAUUGCCUCCCUGCCUUUGAUGCAAUAGACAUGGCCUGGCCCUACUUCUUAGACUGUGACCGCUUCUUUGCUGGGGAGGAGGAGGGCUGCUUUGACCCGCUGGCAAAGCUGCGAGGAGAAAUAGAUGCUGAGGAAGAUUUGCCUUCAGACUUGCCAGCAACUUUUAUUCAGUUCAAACACCAUUCAUAUUCCCAAAUGGUGAGCACACUGAAGAAGACCGCUUCUAAGUGCUCCCACAUUGCAACAACUUACAGCAUAGGGCGCAGUUUUGAAGGGAAGGAUCUUUUUGUGAUUGAGUUUUCAACCAAGCCUGGACACCAUGAGCUGCUCAAGCCAGAAUUUAAGUACAUUGGCAACAUGCACGGCAAUGAAGUUGUGGGGAAGGAACUGCUGAUAUACCUCGCACAGUAUCUGUGUUCAGAAUAUCUUCUUGGGAACCCUCGCAUCCAGACCUUGAUUAACAGCACCAGAAUUCAUCUCCUGCCUUCACUCAACCCUGAUGGCUAUGAACUGGCUGCAGAAGAGGGAGCUGGUUACAAUGGAUGGGUCAUCGGACGACAGACAGCUCAGAACCUGGACCUGAACAGAAAUUUCCCAGAUUUGACAUCUGAGGCUUACAGAAGAGCUGGGAUUCGUGGGGCCCGUCUGGACCACAUCCCCAUUCCACAGUCCUACUGGUGGGGUAAGGUGGCCCCUGAGACAAAAGCAGUCAUGAAGUGGUUGAGGUCUAUCCCAUUUGUGCUCUCUGCCAGCCUCCAUGGGGGAGAGCUGGUUGUGACCUAUCCUUAUGACUAUUCAAGGCAUCCUGUGGAAGAAAAAAUGUUCUCCCCCACACCUGAUGAGAAGGUGUUCAAAAUGCUGGCUAAAGCCUAUGCAGAUGCACAUCCCGUCAUCUCAGACCGGUCUGAACUUCGCUGUGGUGGGAAUUUUGUAAAUCGUGGAGGUAUUAUAAAUGGUGCUGAGUGGUACAGCUUCACUGGAGGUAUGGCAGACUUUAAUUACCUUCACACAAAUUGCUUUGAAGUUACCGUGGAGGUAGGAUGUGAAAAGUUUCCUUUGGAGGAAGAACUGUUUACAAUCUGGCAUGAAAACAAAGGUGCCCUUCUGAAUUACAUGGAAAUGGUUCAUCGGGGAAUAAAAGGAAUUGUGUCCGAUAAGUUUGGCAACCCCAUAAAAAAUGCUCGUAUUUCAGUCAGGGGCAUUCAGCAUGAUGUCACCACAGCUGCCGACGGCGACUACUGGCGGCUCCUGCCCGCGGGGACGUACAUCGUCAGCGCCCAGGCGCCGGGCUACAGCCGGGUGAUGAAGAGGGUCACCAUCCCUGCCAGGAUGAAGCAGGCCGGCCGGGUGGAUUUCGUGCUGCGGCCUGCCGAGGCCUGGCCCAGCAAGCUCCUCCGCCGCUCCAUGGAGGACGCGUACGACCCUUACGACCCACUGGAACUUUUUGACCCUCACGCCCAGCACGGGCGGCCAGAGGCUCGAGGAGGGUCCUCACCGGGCAGGGAGAAGCCCUGGUGGUGGUCGUACUUCAGCUCUCUGGACCUGCACAAACCUCUGUGGCUGCUCAAGCAGCGUUGACGGGCAACGCCACGCUCUGCUCAUCUCACUCCGGUGCCCUUCCACUCCUCUCCAGACACCCUCACUGCUCCUGGCAGUAUUUAAAUGUUUCAUUUGAAAAUAUGAUAUUAAUUCAAGCACGCUCGCUUCUUUUGUUUUCUCUUCACACACAACUGAGUAUAUUCAAGUAGGUUUUUAAGUAUUAAAAACGACGGUGCACAUCCAUUCAAAGGCCAGAUUUUAUGCAGGUUUUUUCCUUGGUAAUGCUCUGUACUUCUGCCCAUGUAGUUAAUCAUCACAUUCAUUAUUUAUUAGGUUCUAAGUACCUGCAGGAAAAUAUUCCCAAUCCUUUAAUGCAUUUUUGUACACGUUUUAAUACAUUAAUGAUAACAUACUAAAAACAACAUUCAGAAACACUCAGAAAAUGCUUUUAUUUUCCGCUUUUACUUUAGCUUAUUAAGUUCAUUAGCUCUUCUAAUAACGGCUCAAAAUGUAGGGUUUUUUGGUUUUUUGUAAUUUUAAAUGUUUUCAUAAAUUUAAAAAUAGGCUUUUAAUGUAUUUAGCAAAAUACCAGAAAAUGCCUUUACUGCUGGAAAUACACACAUCUUAUAAAUGUGUGUAGACAUAGAAAAAUACAUGAGAUAACUCAUGAGGAAUUUAGGUUAAAGUGUGACAUAUUACACUAAAAUUUUUAAUAUCAUGCACAGUUCUGAGCCUGUGUACACGUUAAUGAAACUUGUAGAUGUCAAAGAAAUCAAACUUCUUUUCAAGAUAGUCAAGUAAAUCUCAGUGAAUAGUGGUGUUGCAAGAUGCUGUCCUUUCUGAAAUAUCAGAUGCAAUGUAUUUUUAAGGUGAUAUAUAUAUAAAAAAAAGUCCUUGAUUUUGAUGAAACACAUAGGCCCACACUUCAUUUUAGCCUGAACUGUUAAUGAACUCCCUACACAGACUGUACUUCCCCUCUGAAGGCCACAGUGCGUAAAUAGUGUGAUUGUUUGGAGCUGAUACACUUUCUGCAGGAGCUGCUGGAUUAGCUGUGUGGAUUGCCCUAUAAAUUCUAAAAACUUUUUUGGCCAUCUUAGGUAAAGCAGCCCCAUGUGCAUGACCCCCACAGUCCACAUGCACAUAUCCCAUACUAAAGCUUCCUAGGAAGACCCAAGACAUGAAUUCUGCAACCAGAUGCUGCACAUGGCUAAGUACUUUAUUCCCAGUUGUAAUCUGAUUGAAGUUAGGAGUCUGUUAUUCGUGUGCUUGGAUGUCUGCAGGACUGGAGACUAUAUUAAAAUGAAAGAACAUUAUUUCAGAGCAUUAACAAAAAGUAAUUAUAUGGGAGCGAAUGUACUGCAUGCACAUGGAUAAGUGUUCCUAGCCCAGGCUUGCCAAGUUAAAGGAACUCUGAACCCUAAAUAUGCCAAAGAAAAUUGAGCAGGAGAUACACCUCCAGACUUUAUUU